UCAACUAUGCCUGGUCUGUUUGUGCUUAGGAAGUCCGACUGCGGCUGGAGGCGGAGCUAAAGAACCUUCGCAAGGAAACCAUGGAGCUCCGCAAGGAGACCGCAGGGCUCCAGGAUAGCGAGGAAUCGGCGAAGACACGCGCGGAGGGCCUGGUGGCGGAGUUGCAAAAACUCCGCGUAGAGAGAGCGGCGGAAUUCCGGGAUGAGGAAGUCUCUCGCCUCCUGGCGAUGGAGGCAGAGGGAGCUGCGAGAAAGCGAGCGGCCGCCCUGGAGGAGGACGUGCGGGAUCUGCUGGACCAGGUGGCGUGGCUCCACAAGAAGAACGCUUGCUUUGAGGAGGCUGAGCAGCUCGCCAAGGAAUGCGCACAGCAGGCCCAGCUGCCCCAGGGGACCGCGCUGAUUGGGGAGAGAUCGGAAGGCCUGCAGGUAGAGGUGAAGGACCUCCGUGAGGAGACCACUAGGCUCCAGGAAAAUGAGAAAUCAUUGAAGACUCGCACAGAGUACCUGGAGGCGGAGGUGAAGAACCCCUGUGAGCAGGCAGUGGAGCUCCGUCAGGAGAAGACUAGGCUCCAGGAAAACAAGAAAUCAUUGAAGAUGCAUGCAGAGGGCCUGGAGGCAGAGGUGAACAAACUCCGUGAGGAGACCACUAGGCUCCAGGAAAAUGAGAAAUCAUUGAAGACUCGCACUGAGAGCUUGGAGACAGAGGUGAAUAACCUCCAUGAGGAGUGCACUAAGUUCAAGGAAAACGAUAAAUCAUUGACUACUCGCACAGAGGGUCUGGAGGCGGAGGUGACGAACCUCUGCAAGGAGGCAGUGGAGCUCCGUGAGGAGAACACUAGGCUCCAGAAAAACGAGAAAUCAUUGAAGACUCGCACAGAGGGCCUGGAGGCGGAGGUGAAGAAUCUCUGCAAGGAGGCAGUGGAGCUCCGUGAGGAGAACACUAGGCUCCAGGAAAACAAGAAAUCAUUGAAGAUGCAUGCAGAGGGCCUGGAGGCAGAGGUGAACAAACUCCGUGAGGAGACCACUAGGCUCCAGGAAAAUGAGAAAUCAUUGAAGACUCACACUGAGAGCUUUGAGGCAGAGGUGAAUCACCUCAAUGAGGAGUGCACUAAGUUCAAGGAAAACGAGAAAUCAUUGACUACUCGCACAGAGGGCCUGGAGGCGGAGGUGAAGAACCUCUGCAAGGAGGCAGUGGAGCUCCGUGAGGAGAACACUAGGCUCCAGAAAAAUGAGAAAUCAUUGAAGACUCGCACUGAGGGCCUGGAGGCAGAGGUGAAGAAUCUCUGCAAGGAGGCAGUGGAGCUCCGUGAGGAGAACACUAGGCUCCAGGAAAACAAGAAAUCAUUGAAGAUGCAUGCAGAGGGCCUGGAGGCAGAGGUGAACAAACUCCGUGAGGAGACCACUAGGCUCCAAGAAAAUGAGAAAUCAUUGAAGACUCACACUGAGAGCUUUGAGGCAGAGGUGAAUCACCUCAAUGAGGAGUGCACUAAGUUCAAGGAAAACGAGAAAUCAUUGACUACUCGCACAGAGGGCCUGGAGGCGGAGGUGAAGAACCUCUGCAAGGAGGCAGUGGAGCUCCGUGAGGAGAACACUAGGCUCCAGAAAAACGAGAAAUCAUUGAAGACUCACACUGAGAGCUUGGAGGCAGAGUUGAAGAACCUCCACGAGGAGACCAUUAGGCUCCAGGAAAACGAGAAAUCAUUCAAGACUCACACAGAGGGUCUGGAGGCAGAGGUGAAUAACCUCCAUGAGGAGUGCACUAAUUUCAAGGAAAACGAGAAAUCAUUGAAGACUCACACUGAGAGCUUGGAGGCAGAGGUGAAGUACCUCAGCGAGAAGACCAUUAGGCUCCAGGAAAACGAUAAAUCAUUGACUACUCGCACAGAGGACCUGGAGGCGGAGGUAAGGAACCUCUGCAAGGAGGCAGUGGAGCUCCGUGAGGAUAACACUCGGCUCCAGAAAAACGAUAAAUCAUUGAAGACUCACACAGAGGGUCUGAAGGCAGAGGUUAAUAACCUCCGUGAGGAGAACACUCGGCUCCAGAAAAACGAGAAAUCAUUGAAGACUCGCACUGAGAGCUUGGAGGCAGAGGUGAAGUACCUCCGCGAGGAGACCAUUAGGCUCCAGGAAAACGAGAAAUCAUUGACUACUCGCACAGAGGCCCUGGACGCAGAGAUGAAGAACCUCUGCGAUGAGGCAGCGGAGCUCCGUGAGGAGAACACUAGGCUCCAGGAAAAUUCUAAAUCAUUGAAGAUGCACACAGAAUGCCUGGAGGGGGAGCUGAUGAACUUCUGCAAUGUGGACAGUGCCCAGCUGGCCUUGGCUAAAGCAGAGGCACAGCUGCAGGAGCUGCUGAGUGAGCGAGAGUUCCUCACCAGUACCAACGCGGUCCUGCGCUCGGAGCUCCGCGAGCAGGGCCAGGAGUUGGCGCGUGUCCUUGGCCACAACAACUCACGGCAGCGCAUCCACCACGUGAUGCAGAUCAAGCAGGACAACACCAGGCUCUUUGAGGAGGUUUGUGACCUCAAACAUCGCUUGGUUAAAGUCGAGGCCAAGAGCAAGCUGACGUCGCAGCCCCGGGCCAGCUUCAGGGACUCGUUCAGAAUCACUAACAAGGAGAACAACGGGGACCAGGAGCAGCACUAACAGCACCAGCAGCAGGAACAGCAGCAGUGACAACAACAGCAGCAUCCACGUGUGGUCUUGCCAUAAAAAUAUCUAACGGUAAUAAACUUACAUCGAUGGUGAUUAAUCUAGGUCAACAUGUGGGGUAAGAUAGGUGUGUGCUUGGGGUGGGUAGGAUGGGGUAAUCGGGUCCGGUG